AUAGUGAGAGACUGUACUGGCGGCCUUCAAGAUGAUCGAUGGGUCUGUUACUGUGAGAACACAGUUUGCGGUAUUUUCGUUGCUGGUUACCAGCUGCUGGGGUGGACUAAAGUUUGACACGUUUGACUCUUACUCCAAUGACGACGGCUGUGCCCUGAUUCUCAAUGGUCCAGGGAGAACAAGUGCUUACGAUUACACUUACAAUUUACUCCGUGGAAGCCAGACACCCUCAGUGGGUUCCCACACGUGCAUCACUUACGAGGCAGUUAAUCACGCCUAUUAUGAGGCACGAAAGCGAAUCAAUGUUGCUCAGCCGCACUCGAAGAUCUGGAAACCCGAGGAAUUGGCGACUGUCGGAGAACUCCUCCUGGACAUUUCCACGACAUUAGCGCAAAUGUACGGGUUGACGAGCGAAGAGAUCGAAAGAGGCCUUCCUCAAAUUGACACCUCAAAGACUCUCAUUAACGAGAUCUGUCCGGCUUUCGUCAGCAACGUAGAAUGCCGUCCAGGAAAGUACCGGAGAUUCGACGGUCUCUGCACCAAUCUAGAGCAUCCGACGUGGGGCGCCUCCCUCUCUCCCUUCACCAGGAUGAUGCCUCCAGCCUUCGCCGAUGGAAUGAGCGCUCCACGAAUAUCCGUUACCGGCGAAAAACUUCCCCUGUCACGCGUCGUUUCCAGAACCAUGCACCCUGACGACGGUUUUCACGACCACGCCGGAACAGUCAUGGUUAUCGCCUGGGGACAAUUUAUGGAUCACGAUUACACGCUGACUGCAACGCCACUCGACCCUAUGAAUCGAAACGACCCCGAGGAGUGCUGCUCGCGGCCGCCCCACCUGAAGAAUCCAUACUGCAAUGAGAUCGAAAUACCAGAGGACGAUUAUUUCUAUCGUUUAUUCAACGUCCGGUGCAUGGAUUUCGUCAGGGCCUUUCCCGGCGUGAGGGCCGGAUGUCGUCUUGGAUCACGAGUGCCAUUUAAUCUCCUCACUGGUGUUCUCGAUGGCAACACUGUCUACGGAAUCCGCGAGGAAUUCGCCAGAAAAUUGAGAUCAGGCUAUGGUGGACAACUCCGUAUGAAUCCAGUGUUCGCCGAGUACGGAUUGAAGGAUUUGUUGCCACUAAAGUUGGACAUUCCUGACGAAGGGUGUACGCGCCCCAACAAAUCAAUGUACUGCUUCGAAGCCGGUGAAAUUCGAGUUAAUGAACAGCUUGUGCUCACCUGUAUGCACACACUCAUGGCCCGGGAGCAUAAUAGAAUUGCCAAGGCACUCGCUCAAGUUAAUCCCCAUUGGGAUGAUGAGACGCUCUUCCAGGAGGCAAGACGCAUUACUAUCGCGCAAAUUCAACAUGUCACUUACAAUGAAUUCCUUCCCAUUUUACUGGGUAAGGACGUCAUGGCGAAAUUCGGACUUCUGCUGGAGAAACACAAUUACUGGGACGGUUACGAUCCAAGUGUAAAUCCGGGAGUAAUCGACGCAUUCGCCGCUGCGGCCUUCAGAUUCGGUCACUCCCUGUUGCCCACAGCUGUUGAAAGAUGGAGCAAAGCGCAUAAAUUCAUAGCUUCCAAGAGACUGUCCGAUCUUAUUCGAAGACCUUAUGAUCUUUACCGCGCUGGUGUUAUCGAUGAGUAUUUCAUGGGGCUGAUGAACCAAGUGGCUCAAGCUAUGGAUGACUCCAUCACACAAGAGGUCACGAACCACUUGUUCAAAAAAGUAGGCGCCCGAUUCGGAGCUGAUCUCGUCUCCUUCAACAUGCAGCGCGGAAGGGAAUUCGGUGUUCCAAGUUACAUGGAAUUCCGAAAAUUGUGUGGACUCCCCGAGGCGCAUAAUUUCGAGGAUCUCUUCGGCUCAAUGUCCAACGAGACGAUCAGACGUUACAGUUCUAUUUUCACGCACCCCAGUGACGUUGACCUCUGGUCGGGAGGUGUCUCAGAACGACCGCUCCCUGGGAGCAUGCUUGGGCCCACCUUUGCCUGUGUCAUCGCCACACAGUUCAGUAAUUCCAGACGUGGCGACAGGUUUUGGUAUGAACUCCCGAAUCAACCGUCGUCGUUCACUCUCGAUCAGCUGAAUGAAAUUCGCAAAGCGCGACUGGCUAGACUCAUCUGUGACAACACAGACCUCAUUGAUACGAUACAACUGUAUCCAAUGGUUCUUCCAGAUCACGAAAUAAAUCCUCGAGUACCCUGCAAAAGUGGUGUACUCCCAAGCAUAGAUUUCAACAAAUGGGCCGAGUAUCCAACCGCGAGUCAUGCUGCCCAAUACGUGAGUAAUCUAGCGGAUCAGUAUGGGCGCUUUGGAAAGUAA